UUUGUUUUCGAAUCUCUGUCUCCACCCAUUUUUCGUUUUAGACUCUAGCGUUUCAAAUUUCGUUAGCCUCGAGCCAAACUUCAGCAACAAUGACUCCUCCCAGCUACUCCGACAUCACCAAGCCCGUCAACGACCUGUUCGGCAAGGACUACCCCUUCGGUGCCCUCAAGCUCGAGGUCAAGACCACCACCGCCAACGGCGUGUCCUUCACCGUCAACGGUGCCCAGGACCUGAAGUCGGGAGCCAUCAUCAGCGAGCUCAAGACCAAGUACGCCGACAAGGCCAACGGUCUGACCUACACCGAGUCGUGGAACACCGCUAACCUGCUCACUGCCCAGGUCGAGGCUUCGAACAAGUUCGCCAAGGGUCUGAAGCUCGAGGUUUCGGGCUCGUCGGCUCUGAACUCUGCCAAGCGCUCGCUGGUCUCCAAGAUCAACUACCAGCAGGACAACCUGUUCGCCCGCGUCAACGUCAACGCCCUGGCCCCUGCCGUCAACGCCGACGUUACUGUCAGCCGCGAGGGUGCUCUGCUCGGUGCUGAGCUCGCCUACGACCUGAACAGCGGCGCUGUGACCAAGACCAACUCGACUCUUGGCUACGCCGGCCCCGACUACCUGAUCACCCUGCAGGGCAACAACUCGUUCAACCUUGUCCAGUUCGCCUUCUACCAGCGUGUCACCAAGAGCGUCGAGGCUGGUGCCCGCGCCGUCUACGACUUCAAGAACCCCGAGGGUGGCGUCAGCGCCGAGCUCGGUACCAAGUACAUCCUGGACCCGACUGCCUCGGUCAAGGCCAAGGUCGACAACGCUGGCCGUCUCGGUCUGUCGUUCACCCAGGCCCUGCGCCCCGGCGUCAAGCUGUCGCUGGCCGGUCUCUUCGACACCGCCCGCCUGCAGGAGAACGCCCACAAGCUCGGCGCUUCGAUGACCUUCGAGGCGUAAAGCGCUCGUUUCGGGAAUUUUGCAAUAAGAAUUUAUUAACGGAUUACGGAUGCUGGAUAGCUUUUUGCCAGUCGCAGCCGCUGGACUGAGGCAACUGUGGCUCCCCACGCUGUUUUUUCCCCUGCGCUCUGACUCAGACGAUCGCCUUAUUUUGCCGCCCGGCUACUGUUGCCCAUGCGUGUGCAGUGAGUAGGAGGCGUCUUGGCUAUUUUUGAGCCUGUGAUGUCAGACAGCUGAAGAGAAACUGUGAACAUAAUAAAAUCGAGACAUGCUUGCAAAAAUAGCCCAAUGUCUGACCUGGCCAAGGCACGAGCAAAAUAGAGUGGGCGGCGGUUCCUCACCCUCCACGAUUCACAUAUAAC